AUGAGAAAGGCUAGCAAGCACCACAAGGUUGUGGAGGAGAAAGAAGAUUAUAAGCUCGCCAUGGAUGAAAACAAGAAGUGGAUGCAUAAGGAAACUGAAAGACAAAGAAGGCAAGAGAUGGGAAAACUCUGCACCAACCUUAGAUCGCUUCUGCCUUUAGAAUAUAUUAAGGGAAAGCGUUCAACCUCAGAUCAUGUGCAUGAGGCUAUAAAUUAUAUCAACCACCUAGAAAAUAAGGUGAAGCAAUUGCAAGCAAAGAGGGAUGAGUUAUUGAAGGAGUCAAAUUUGAGUAGAAUUGAUCCUGAUGAGAAUGAAAACUGUAGAGCUACUCAUCUUCCACCCUUGGUUUUUGUUCAUCCUUUCCUGGGAGGCCUUGAGAUUAUGUGCAGCUAUAGCUUGAGGAAAAGUGUGUUCCCCAUGUCAAGAUUAUUGGACAUUCUGCAUAAAGAAGGACUUAACGUGGUUAGCACUACUUCCAUCAGAAGAGAUGGUAGAUUCAUACACACCAUUCAAUCAGAGAUUGCAAAAAAGAAGAAGCUGCAGCCUGUGACUCAACAUGUGGUUUUGUCUAACCAAGAUGAGUAG